CAUCAAUAUCAUUUCCUUCAACUUGAUUAAACAAAUUCAAACAACACAAAAGUUAUAAAUUAAAAUUUAUUUGCAGAAGCAGUGAAAUUGUGAAAUGCAUAACAUUGCUAUUGAAUCGGAUAGUGAAGAUGAAACCCCUUCGGGUUGGGAGGAAAAAUCUACUCAAGAUGGGAACGUGUAUUUUGUAAAUUCUUACACUAAGGAAACUCAAUGGACACAUCCACGAACUGGGCGUAAAAAAGUUAUACCAAAAGAUCUCCCGUUUGGUUGGUCUAAAACUGCCGAUGAUGAAGGAAAGACGGUAUUUGUUCAGCAUGAGACAGGAAAUAAGACGUAUACAGAUCCCCGGCUCGCAUUUGCGAAGGACGAGAAGCAGCAUGUCCAUGAUUUCCGGCAAAGAUUUGAUGGUUCCUCUACUGCCUUUGAUGUACUGCAUGGCAUUGAUUUGUCAGGAAAAUAUGCUUUAAUCACUGGUAGUAAUGCCGGGAUUGGAUAUGAAACUGCCAAGUCACUAGCUCGACAUGGAUGCAGAAUCUUAUUUGCUAAUAGAAAUCUUGAAGCCACACAGGCAGCUAUCAAAAGCAUUGUACAAGAAACAAAUGCCUGUGAAGAUAAUCUAAAAUCAAUAUUCUUAGAUUUAGCUUCUUUACGAAGUGUAAAGAAAUGUGCAUUGGCUGUAAAAGCACUUUUUUCUGACUACUUGGAUAUUUUGAUCCUGAAUGCAGGAGUAUUUGGACUGCCAUACACCGAGACGGAAGACAGGCUUGAAACCACAUUCCAAGUUAAUCAUUUAAGCCACAUGUACCUGGCUCUACUUUUAGAACCUUUAUUAAGAAAAGGUUCAAGAGUUGUAUUUGUAUCAUCAGAAUCCCAUAGGUUUGCUGAUUUGAAAAAUGUGUUCAUAAAUCAAGACAUCUCAAUGAGCAAAGAUCAAUACAGUUCUAUGAUGGCAUACAAUAAUUCUAAACUCUACAAUGUGAUCACAGCUUUGAUUCUCAGUGAAGAAUGGAAAAGAAAGGGUGUCUGUGUUAACUCACUACAUCCUGGAAACAUGGUGUAUACAAACCUGAGCAAAUCGUGGUGGCUGUUCCGAUUAGCCUUUCUACUUGUGCGCCCGUUUACUAAAUCUUUGCAACAAGCGGCAAGUACGACUGUGUAUGUGGCGACGGCGUCAGAGCUGGAGGGCGUGACCGGUCUCUACUUCAACAACUGUUUCUACUGCGAGGAGUCCCAGUUGGCCAAAGACCAGGACAUAGCGAGGGGAGUGUUCUCCAUAUCCCUGAGGAUGAUAGAGGAAGCGGUCGGGCCAGACCGCAUCACUAAAUAUCUGUCACUGUAUCCAAGUAAUCGGCAAUCUUGAUUUAGGUUGUUGUUUAAUGAACCGUUCUUGCCCGUGCUUGAGAUUUUAAACUUGAAUCAAUUUCAACAAUGUAAUUACCAAUACAAUGUAACAUUGUUCUUUGUGCCUAUAAAUAAUUUUAUAUACCCAAUACCCAUUGGGGAAACACUGUAAAUAAGAAAGCAAAUGAUUAAAUAAGAAUACUGUAACAAAUGAUAAGUUGUUAGCUUCAAAAUAUUCAGAUAGGUGAAUAUAAUAUAUAAACAAGUUAA